AUGCGGGCCCCAUCCACCCUCAGGAGAGGCGCUGCCCGCGGGGAAAGCAGGAAGGCGGCCCCGGGACCCGGUGGCUUGCUAGGGUGUUUCACUUCUGGGCACGGGGUUCUGUGGCUGCGUAGGGGCGUUGCUGAGCACGGGACAGGAUUGCGACUGGAUGUGUGUAGCGAGAGCAGCUCAUUCCCGAAAGGAAAUGGUGAGCAGCGACGCAGUGCUGCGCACACGAGCGCGGCCUCGCCCCUGCGAGGGGCCCGCCGGGCCUCCCGUGCCGGCAGGGCGGUUCCUCAGGCGGGGCGGGCCCAGGCCUCGGGCGCUCUCCGCGGUGCUGGAGGCGGCGGCGGGGCGGGUUGGGGGACGGGCAGGCCGGGUGAGGCCGGACGGGGGGUGACAGGGACGGGCGAGGAGGAGCAGGCAGGGAUAGGCGCGGCUGACCCCGGCCCCGGGGAGCCGUGA